AUGCAUCCACAACUUGAGGCCGAGAGAUUCCAUUCAUGUCAAGAUUUAAUUGAAGCGUUAGAUAAAUGCCAUCAUAGGGAGUAUUAUAAAAGGAUAUUUGGACUCUGUAAUAAUGAGAAAGACGCAUUAUCUGCCUGUUUGAAACAGGCUAGUAUAGAUAACAAGAAGAAAGCUAUUAAAGUAAGUAGGGAGAAAAGAUCUAAACUGGAUGAGAAAUGGAAGAAGCUUGAUGAAGAGGAGUAUGGGGAGGAUGCUAUAUUGAAGAAGCUGUUAGCGAAACAGGUAGCUAUGAAGAACGCUGUAGUGGAAAAUUCAAAGACUACGGGAUCCAAGGACUAA